GAAAAUGUUUUAUUACCUCCGAGAGCUUCAUCUGCACUGGCAAGAAAUUACUUUUUAUAUCUAGUUUUUUUAAACUAUCAAGAAAGCAAAGAAUGCAAUGGAUACAUCUGUAAAAAAAACAGCAAUGCAAUAUUUAAGAAUUGCAAGGUUAAGAUAAACAACAAAUCAGGAUUUUUUUUAGCAUUACGUAUGAGUGAGUACGUGCAGUGUGGCGGCUACUGUAAAUUCGGGACCUUUGCUGCACGAUAACGAAGGCAAUUAAUCGACACCUGUUCGUAAAUAAAGAUAUAAAAUAAAACAAAUUCAGUGUUUUGGACAUUUCUGUACAAAUAGCCUUUUUAUUUUCCUGCGAUAUCUAUUGACAGAGAGAGAGAGAGACAGAGAUAGUUGACAUUUUGUUCAUGCUGUUUUGGCUGAAAACCUUUUCUGUUUAAGGAUAUAGCAUAAACAAAACUUUUUUAAAAAAAUUGAAUUAUUUCAGCUAUAUUUUAAUACCCCGGUCCUUAGUUUAAAAUUAAUUUCUCAGUAAUGUUAGCGGUGGGGCAAAUGGAUGGGACUCGUCAGAGCGCUUUCGUUCUCAGCAGCCCUCCAUUAGCAGCCCUGCACAGCAUGACCGAAAUGAAGACCCCACUGUAUUCUGCUUAUCCCUUAUCCAGCACCGGACCUACAUCAUCAUCUUCACCGUCCUCCACCUCUCCGAACCCGGGAGGGAUACCCGUGUCCUCCCCAGGGAUCAAACCGUCACCGGGACUCUCUUCUUUUCUAUCACACCAGCAGUACUUGGCCGCCACCCCCCAUGGAAUUAACGACAUCCUUAGCCGCCCCGUUGCAACUUCUGUUGCUUCUGCGGGGAUUCUGUCAGGAUUGCCCAGAUUCAGCACUCUGAGUCCCCCUCCUCCGCCAGGGCUCUACUUCAGCCCCAGCGCCGCAGCUGCGGUUGCUGUGGCUCGCUACCCCAAACCCUUGGCCGAUCUCCCAGGCAGGACCCCGAUCUUUUGGCCAGGAGUCAUGCAGAGUCCACCUUGGAGGGAUGCUAGAUUUGCUUGCUCUCCUCAUCAAGGUUCAGUUCUUCUUGAUAAAGAUGGGAAGCGAAAGCAUACCAGACCCACCUUUUCUGGCCAGCAGAUUUUCGCCUUGGAAAAGACUUUUGAGCAAACGAAAUAUUUAGCAGGCCCUGAGAGAGCGCGGCUGGCCUAUUCACUGGGGAUGACAGAGAGUCAAGUGAAGGUUUGGUUUCAGAACAGAAGAACCAAGUGGCGGAAGAGACACGCGGCAGAGAUGGCCUCGGCAAAAAAGAAACAGGACUCAGAGACGGAGAGGCUCAAAGGAGCUUCAGAGAACGAGGAGGAAGACGACGAAUACAAUAAACCGCUGGAUCCCAAUUCAGACGACGAGAAAAUUACACAGUUACUGAAAAAACACAAACCGACCACUUUGCACCCGCACACGUCUGAGAACGAGAGCUCCUAAAAGAACCAAGACUUGCAAUUACAAACAUAUAGCACUGAACUGUUCUGAACAGUGGACCAUUUUCUCUAAGAUGUAUGUAUUUUUUAUAAAGGCUAGAGAACACAGGAACAAGGAUUUAUUUGAAGACUCGGAGGAAGCACUAAUUGUUCGUUUUGAUCUUGGGAAACAGAUCCAGCGCUCCUUCGUUUGAGCAAAUGACACUUGAGAUUAUUGACCGGACUUUUGCUGGGGAUACUUGUAAAUAAACGCGUGAGUGUAUACUUAAUAGAAAUUACCUAACUGUGAAUAUUUAUGUGCAAAAUACCUUUUGUAUAGAAAAGUUUGGUUUAUCUUUCGAAUCGCCUGCUUUCUUCAAGUCAUUUUACUAUUUCGUUGGUGACUUUUGUGAAUUCUGAUGACAAGCCUAUUUUGUUUCUCUAUGACAUAAACGAUCUUUAUUUUGUUAAUUAAAUUGCUUUUUCUUCUAUAAUGUCACCUUCAAGAAUGCCAUGCUUUUUAAAAUGACUUUUCUUUUGCAAACGGUUCCCUUUUCUUCCCAAGAGUGUUCUUCAUUUGCACAACUAGUAAAUGAAUGUAAUUUAUUACUAAUUUUAAAAAGUAAAUGCAGUAAUGGUUGUUUUUGCAAAGGUCACAUACAACGUGAAAACCUUAUUUGAUGAAAAAAAAACGUUUUUACUCUCAAAGAAGAGUUUUCUGUUUGACAAGCCAACACAAUAAUAAAAUGCUACCAACGUUUAAAUUUAAUGACCUUUGUAAUAUAAAUAUGAUUAGAACAUGUUUUGUCUCCCCAAGGUUUAAGCUAAUUAAAAUGUUUGAAUUUGGCAUUUUCAUGAUUUACUUAAUUUAUAUAAUAUUGUUUACGUUUGUAACAGUGUUUGUAUCUUGCAAAAUGUGUAUUGCAGGGUCAUUAUAUGUAAUGCACUUUUUAUUAAAAAAAUUAAAAUAAAACGCAAUUUG